AUGACUCUGUUCCGCGCCUUCAGCCCUGACCAGGCCGUGGUCGUACGGAAGCCUACCGGGACUUACGGGUUCAUCACCUUCCCAACAGCGGAGCUGGCCUUGAGAGCGGUCCAAUGGGUGGAAGCGACCAAGCCAAUCUUCCACAAGCGCAAGAUUAAAGCAGCUAUCGCCGAUUCCUGGAAUGAGGCGGCUUUGUUGAGACCACGCGGACGCCCCGACCCGUUUCCGGGGUGGGAGCCCCGCACGUCACCGCCACUGCCAGAAGAAGUCUUAGCGCGGAUCGCCAGAUUCCUAAACUUCGCCGACCGGGCCAGGAUGGAGGGAGUAUGCCGAGCCUGGAGGGCUGGAGCCCUGGCAUCCUACGCAUCGGAGCAGGUCCUUUCAACCACGGACCAACGCUGGCCGCAAGGAUGGGCGCACCCGAGCGUGGAUACCGAAGGUCUUCGUUGGGCGAUCAUGCGGUUGGGGCCCUACGUAAGCGAGCUGCGCCUCGACGAUCGUUGGGUCGCCGAAAGGCUGCGGCCGCAGGUGUUGGGGAUCGCGGCGCGCGGUUGUCCUAGGCUGACCACGAUAGAUUUGACCGGAGCGACGGUACGUCCGUCGGCGCUGCGCGAUCUAGCGUCGAACGCGGAACGCCUACAAAGAUUUUAUUUGGGUAGGACCAUCGGAAAUGUUGAACCGGAAUUGUCGGAGGUGUUCGUGGCUGCGCCGCAUCUCGCGAGCUUCGUGGCCACAGGUUCCGGGUUCGCGGGGGCGGCGUUGUCGCGGAUGGCCCCGACACUUCAGGAGGUAAGGCUUCGGGAUUGCGCGUCGCUGUCCUCAGCAUCGGUGGCCGCGUGUCUGGCGGCCCAGCGCUCGCUCUCGUCGGUUGAGCUUGUUCAGUGUCGUGCCCUGUCCUCUGCCGAACCAUUGGACGCCCUCAUGAAUAACGAGGAUCUCCAUCGCUCAGUACAGGAACUUGUGGUAAUCGAUAUCGACUUCGCCCCGAUUAUCGACGGAGCAGAGGAAGAAGAAAUCCCGGACGCCGCUGACGUGCCGGAUCCGGUCUUCAUCGAGCUCCAGCUAGGGCCAGUGGAGGCAGCGCGCUCAUUGCCGGAACUCUUCCGGCAACUUACGAUCUUGAGAGUGUUGUUCUGUGGAUGGGUAGACGUCACUUUCAUCAGAAGUGUGGGAGAACACUUACACCAGUUGUUGGAGUUGGAUAUUUCGGGAUGCUCCAAUGUGAGGGGGCAAUUCGCCCUAGAAUCCUUGGGGAACCUCCCGAGAUUGGAGAAGAUCACGAUUAAUAACCUUCACCCCACCGUAUCGGCGCCAGCUUUAGCCACGAUAGCCACCCUGGAGGAAGUUAGAGCGCGUGAUAGCCAAGGUAUCACCGAUGAAGACACGACGGCUAUCGUACGUGGCUGUUCACGCCUAGUCGCCCUGGACGUGGAAGGAUGCUUGGGGGUGACAAACCAGACCGUCAUCGAGUCCACUGAAAUCGUUAGGAGGCAGGGCAGGGCAACGGUGCUGAGCUUGUCGGUCGGCGGGACGAGUGUGGAUCGUUGGGUGCGCGUUCGCCCCAGUUUGGUGCUCCGGGUAUUAUAUGAUCGGGUGUACCAACCGAUCCUUCGUGAUUUUUAG